UUAUUUUUUAGAGCAGCUCACUGCGCGAAAAAUAGUGCUCAAGGUUCGAGCAAGUGCGAGUCACAGUGCGACGCCUGCUGCGGACGGAAAAUGGAGCACGUCGGGCGCUACCUCGCAUUUGUCAUUUUGGCGCUGGCUGGUAGCUCCUGUGUUGCGGCCCAAAAAUACUUCGCUCCACACCUGUGCAGCGGAUUCUUCUUUGGCCCGACACUAGAGUCUCCAUGCGGCUACUUCUGUUAUACGUAUGAUGGCUCAUUCCAAGGGACAUUACCAGAUGGUGCACGUUGCCCGCUUCCAACGUUCCCCCGUCGUUCCGGACGAUGCCUCAGAGGAGUGUGCAUCGCUGUUUCCAGACCAACACCACGAGAAUGCGAUGGCGUUUAUCGAGGGUCUGGAUACGCGCCUACGUGUACUUACGACUGUGCUGAUCCAUACGGGCCACCCAUCUUAAAGCCAUACCGUGACGGAACACCGUGCCUUAACAUAAAUCGGCAAGGACAACCUGUUGGCGCUGCAGGUGUCUGCAAGGCUGGGGAAUGCAUUGAGCACGAUGACCUGGAGGUGAGAAGCCGUUGGGUUACAGCGACAGUUUUUCAGUCCAAGUACCACCGAUGUCUCGCCAAGAAACAGCUCACGAAGAAUUAUCUCUGGGAUUGCCACCACUACUGCAAGAGGAACAGCGAAUGGUACUACGGUGUGUUCGAAGACAGCAGCAGAUGUUUGCACCCGGACAAGCGAACACCCGGCUGGUGCUGUCACGGACGCUGCCGUUCCUCGGACUGCAAGCGAAAGGAAUAAAGCCAUUCACCUGUUUGCCGCCGCGUGCGCGGUCAUUGAGAA